AUGCUUCUUGUAAGUAAUGCACUUCGUAUAAAGACUGCCAACAGAAAUCUUUCUCGGAUGCAGACAUCUACUCGUGGAAAUAGACUGCAAAGUACCUUGCAUGGGGGAAUCCAAUCCCGCUUGCAACAGGAUGACACUGUAGUAGAUGGUGCUGAUGAAGAUGAUCUUGCAGCCAACAUCUUUGCUGAUGAUGAUGAGCCAACUGAACAAGAAGAUAUUGUCCAGAGUGAUAUCGAAGCUGAAAUUGAAGCCGAAGCUGAAGCCGAAGCUGAGAUAGAAGCUGGAGCUGAAGCUGAAGUCGAAGAUGGAGCUGAAGAUAGCUCUGCAGCUACAGAUGACGUUCAAGACAGUACAACUGAAGCUGAUGCUCAAGUAGAAAAUGCUAAUGAUGCAGCUCAAGAUGCUCUUGAGUUAGCUCAGGAUGCUGGAAACAAUGAUGCUAUCGAUGCUGCUAAUCAAGCUCAAGAAGAUAUUGCCGUAGCUGAAGAAACUCAAGAUAAUGCUGAAGAAUUAGCUGAUAUUGCAGCUGAGACUGAAGAUCCUGAUGACUUGCAGGCUGCUCAGGAUGCCCUUGAAGAUGCAGAUGAAGCUACUGAUGCUGCUACUGAAUCUGCUGAAGACGCUCAAGAACAAGCAGAAGAUGCUGCUGGUACAACAAAUGAUGGAGCAGCUGAAGGAGAUGCCGAUGAAGCCCAAGCCGAAACUGAAGAAGAACAAGAAGAGAAUACAGAAGAAGCUUCUGAAGAUGUAAGCGAGGCUCAAGAAGGCCUUGAUGAGGCUGAAGCUGAAGCUGAUGAUGCUCAAGAGCAAGCUGAUGCUGUUGCUGAAGAAACUGAAAAUGCUGAAGAAGGAGUACAAGAAGACCAAGAAGCUUUAGAAGAAGCUGAGGGAGAACUCGAAGAAGCACAACAAGAAGGAGAUCAAGAAGCUAUCGAAGAGGCUGAAGGUGCUGUAGAGGGAGCCCAGGAUAAUUUGGAACAAGAAACUGAAGAACUAGCUGAUGCUCAAGAAGAUGAAGCUGAAGCUCAGGAAGAGGUAGAUGAAGCUCAGGAAGAAGUCGCUGAAGAGGAAGCUGAAGUUGAAGUAGCUGACGAUACUUUGGAAGCUGUAGAGGAUGGAGAAGCUCCAGAAGAAGCAGCAGCUGAAGCCGAGGAAGAAGUUGCUGCUGAGGAAGCUGCACCAGCCGAUGAAGCUGCACCAGCCGAUGAAGCUGCACCAGCCGAUGAAGCUGCACCAGCCGAUGAAGCCGCACCAGUCGAUGAAGCCGCUCCAGUCGAUGAAGCCGCUCCAAUCGAUGAAGCCGCUCCAGCCGAUGAAGCCGCACCAGUCGAUGAAACUGCUCCAGUCGAUGAAACUACUCCAGCCGAAGAAGUUGCUCCAGCUGAAGAAGUAACACCAGAAGAAGAGGCUGAGGAAGCUGAAGAUCAAGCUGAAGCUGAACAAGAGGUUGAGGGAGAAGUUGAAGAAGCUGAAGCCGAGGUAGAAGAAGCUGAAGCUGAAGCCGAUCAAGCUGAAGAACAAGUUGAUGCUGCCGAAGAAGUCACAGAUGGUGCAGAAGCCGAAGUUCAAGAGGAUCAAGAAGCUGUUGACAGUGCUGAAUUAGAACUUGAAGAAGCCACUGCCGAAGGAGAUGAAGCAGCUAUUGAGGAUGCUCAAGAAGCUGUUGAUGAAGCAAAUGGGGAAUUAGAGGAGUCUAGUGAUGAUCUUGAACAAGCUGAAGAUGCUGAAGCUGAAGCACAAGAUGGUCUUGAUGAAGCAGAAGCAGAGGUUGCAACAGAAGAAGCUGACUUAGAGGUUGAGGAAGCAACAGAGGAUGCUAUUGAAGAGGGAGUUGAUCCAGAAGUAGCUGAAGAAGAAGCUGAGGAAGAGGUAGCUGAUGAAAUUGCUGAAGAGGAAGCUGCUCCAGCAGAGGAAGCUGCUCCAGCAGAAGAAGCUACUCCAGUAGAUGAAGCAAUUGAAGAAGAAAUCUUUGCUAAUGAUGGAGUUGAAGAAGUUGAAGGUGGUGAAGAACCAGCUGAAGCCACGGAAGAAGCUGCCGAAGAUGCCAUUGAUGAGGCUGAGGAAGCUGAAGAGGAGGUUGCAGAAGCUGAAGAGGAAGUAGCUGAAACUGAAGACGCUGUAGAUGCUGCUGAAGAAGCUACUGAUAGUGCUGAAGAAGAAGUUGCAGAAGACCAGGCUGAAGUUGCUGAUGCCCAAGAAGAACUAGAUGAGGCAACUGCUGAAGGUGAUGAAGCAGCAAUUGAGGAAGCUCAGGAUGCUGUUGAUGAAGCUACAGAAGAACUCGGUGAUUCUAGUGCAGAAUUUGCAGAUGCUCAAACUGAAGAAGCAGACGCUCAGGCUGAUCUUGACGCAGCUGAGACUGCAGUUGAGGAUGAUCAGGUUGCUGCUGAGAUUGUCGAAGAAGAAGCUGAUGCAGUUGAAGAAGCAGUCGAAGAGGAAGAGGCUGCUGAGGAAGCAGCUCCAGAAGAAGAGGCUGGGGAAGAAACUGAUGAUGUUGUAGAAGAAGCAGAAGAAGCUGCUGAAGAAGCAGAAGAGAAUGUUGAAGAAGGUGAGGAAGAUGUUGCUGAAGCUGAGGCUGAUGCAGCCGAGGCAGAAGAUGCUGUUGAUGCUGCUGAAGUGGUUGCUGAUAACGCUGAAGCUGAAGUUGUUGAAGAUCAAGCAGCAGUUGAAGAAGCUGAAGAAGUUCUUGCUGAAGCCACUACUGAAGGAGAUGAAGAAGCUAUUGAAGAGGCCCAAGAUGCUGUUGAUGAAGCAACUGAUGAGCUUGAAGAUUCAGCUGAAGACCUUUCUGAUGCUCAAGAAGAUGAAGCAGAUGUCCAAGCCGAUCUUGACGAAGCUGAGGCUGAAGUUGGAGAAGAGCAAGCUGAACUUGCUGCUGAAGAAGCUGCUGAAGAAGCUACUGAAGAAGAUUUAGUCUCAGCAGAAGUUGAAGAACAAGCCGAAGGUGGUGAAGAGCCAGCCCCAGUUGAAGAAACUCCUGCCCCAGUCAAUGAAGAGCCUAUUACUAUUGAAGAUAUGGCUCCAACUGAUGAAGAUGGAAACCCAAUUCUUGAUAUUGCUACCUUAGAACAAAACUUAGAUGAAGUACAUGAAGCAGAAGAUACUUUAAGUGGACAAAUUGGUCAAUUAGAAGGAGCUCCGCUAGAUAAUGAAGUUGAUGAUGCUGUACCAGCCACACCUGUAGAAACUCCAGCAGCUCCAGUUGAUGCUCCAGUUGAAGAACCUGCAGCUCCAGUCGAUGCUGCUGCUCCAGUAGAUGCUGAUGCCCCAGUUGAUGCUGCUGCCCCAGUUGAUGCUGCUGCCCCAGUUGAUGCUGUUGCUGCUCCAGCCGAUGUUCCAGCUGAUGCUCCAGUAGAUGCUCCAGUAGAUGCUCCAACCGAUGCUCCAGUCGAUGCCCCAGUCGAUGCUCCAGUAGACUCUCUAGCUGCAGCCCCAGUGGAUGAUGCUGCUACUCCAGCCGAUGCUGCUACUCCAGUCGAUGCUGCUGCUCCAGCCGAUGCUGCUGCUCCAGCCGAUGCUGCUGCUCCAGCUGAUGGUGCUGCUCCUGCUGAUGCUACUGCUCCUGCUGAUGCUACUGCUACUCCAGCCGAUGCUGUUGCUCCAGCUCCAGCAGAUGCUACUGCUCCUGUCGAUGCUACUGCUCCUGUCGAUGCUGCUGCUCCAGCCGAUGAUGCUGCUGCUCCUGCCGAUGAUGCUGCUACUCCAACCGAUGCUACUGCACCAGUCGAUGCUGCUGCUCCAGCUCCUGCCGAUGCUGCUACUCCUGUCGAUGCUGCUGCUCCAGUCGAUGCUGCUACUCCAGUCGAUGCUGCUCCCGCCCCAGCCGAUGCUGCUCUCGCUCCAGCAGAUGCUGCUCCCACCCCAGCCGAUGCUGCUGCCCCAGUCGAUGAUGCUGCCCCAGUCGAUGAUGCUGCCCCAGUCGAUGAUGCUGCCCCAGUCGAUGAUGCUGCCCCAGUCGAUGCUGCUGCUACUCCAGUCGAUGCUGCAACUCCAGCUGAUGCUGCUUCCGCCCCAGUUGCUCCAGCCGAUGCUACAGUUGACGCUCAAGUCGAUGCCUCAGUUGAAGCACCAGUUGAUGUUGCUGUCAAUGGUCCAGCUAACGCUGCUGCCAAUGCAAAUGUUAAUGCUGCUCCAAAUGCUGCUGUUAACGGUGCUGCACCAGAAGAAAUUCCAGUCUCUGAAUAAGCAGAUUAAAUUUGGGCCUGUUUCCAAAUUAGAAUUGACUAAUUUUAAUAAAC